AUGGCAGCUGCAAUAAUUGCUUUUGAGACCAGCAUUAGACAAUUUGAGAGAACCGUCUCAGAUAUUCCGCUCCCAGCUGCGAUUCUCUUCCCCAACCAUGGUUACGUUGUUGGGAUUUGGACGACCUCAAGGCGCUUGGCGGAUAGGAAAGUGAUGAAAUUUGAGAAGAACAUAAAGAAAAGAGGAGCAAUUGGGGAAACAACCAAAAAGAAAGGCAGCUCGUAUCCCGUUGGCCCUCUGGUGAUCGGCUCUGUUCCAGAUCAUCCGAACUGCGACAAGUGGAGGCAUGGAUUGAAUAAGGCGCAAUAA